AUGAAGAUUUCCAUUCACAGCCGAACCUUGCUGCUCCUCUUUCUCUCACAGCUCCUCUCAUUUCUUGCCUCCAAAGCAUGCCAUUUUGUAGAUAAACAAGCCCUUCUCCAUUUCAAGCAUAACAUCAUCUCUGACCCUUCAAAGCUGCUGCAUUCAUGGUCAGUUUCCUCUGACUGCUGCUCUGCCUGGGAAGGUGUUGCGUGCAGCUCCUCCGGCAGAGUUGUCAAUGUCUCACGUUCGGGACUUGUUUCAGACAAUGACUUCAUCGUUGACACGUACAUGUCUGGUACUUUGUCCCCUUAUAUUGGAAACUUGUCCUCUCUUCAACUUCUUGACCUCAGUAAUCUCAAGGACUUGAAGGGUCCAAUACCACCAGAACUUGGGAAGCUAUCUCAACUCACUCAUCUCUUUCUUGAUUCAAACAAGCUCAUUGGCUCAAUACCAACUACAUUUGGUAAUCUUUUUCGAUUGGAGAAGCUCUUUCUUGGUGACAAUUAUAUAUCUGGUGCUGUUCCUUCCUCUGUUAUUGGAUCUUUGAGAUCACUUGUGGAACUAGGCCUAUCUGGAAAUAGAUUGUCCGGGCCAAUUCCAACUUCAGUUGGGAAGUUGGUGUUGCUAGCAAAGCUUGAUCUCCAUGGGAACAAUAUCUCUGGUAGCAUUCCCACUAGCAUUGGCAAGCUAAAGAGCCUUAUAUAUCUUGAUUUGUCAGAAAAUCAGAUAAGUGGAAGACUUCCUCAAUCCAUUGGUGCACUUUCCCAAUUAGUCUUGCUCUAUCUCAAUCAUAAUCAGAUUACUGGAAGCAUUCCAUCUUCGAUUUCCGGGCUCAGUUCUCUGCGGUUUUGUCAGUUAUCAGAAAACAAGCUCAGAGGCACUUUACCAGCAUCACUAGGCCAGCUCCCAAAGAUCGAAAGGCUCAUUUUCGAGAACAACAAAUUUUCAGGAAAACUGCCAGAAACCAUUGGCCAUCUUGCAACUCUUACUGACAUUUUCUUCUCCAACAACCAUUUUACAGGCAAGAUUCCUUCAAGUUUUGGCAAUUUACAUAACCUACAAACACUAGAUUUAUCGAGAAAUCGACUGUCGGGUCAAAUUCCUCCUCAGCUAGCAAAACUACAGAGGCUAGACACUUUGGAACUUUCAUUCAAUCCUUUGGGAUUGGUUAGUAUACCAACCUGGUUUGCAAGAUUAAAGCUUUUCAGGCUAUUGUUGGCAAAAACUGGUAUUCAAGGGCAGCUUCCAAGUUGGUUAUCUUCAUCAUCUAUAUCCAUACUUGACUUAUCAAGCAAUGCCUUGACAGGGAAGUUACCUCAUUGGAUAGGCAACAUGAGUAGCCUAUCAUUUCUGAACUUAUCAAACAAUGGUUUCCAUGCAUCAAUCCCAGUUGAAUUCAGAAACCUUUCACUUCUAAUGGAUCUUGAUCUACAGUCCAACAAGUUCUCUGGCCACAUGGAUUCAAUAUUCUCAAAAGAAUCCCAAAACCCUCUUGGCCAAUUUAAUUCCAUUGAUCUUUCUCACAACUUGUUCACUGGCCCCAUUGAUGAGGACAUAGGAGAAAGAUCCACAAUGACCUCUAUCAAAAGUCUAGUUUUAUCACACAACCCAUUGAGAGGAAGCAUACCAAAGUCACUUGGGAAGUUGAGUGAGCUGCAGGUCCUAAAGCUUGUGCAUAAUGGGCUUUCUGGAAGGAUACAAAUGGAGCUUGCAGAUGCCACAAAAUUGGCUACAAUUCUUCUUUCAAGCAAUAACUUGAGUGGCACUAUUCCAAAGGAGGUGCUGAAUUUGAAGGAUCUUCAAGAAUUUGAUGUGUCUGGAAACCAAUUGUCUGGGAAAAUUCCUCCUCACAAAGCUAACUUCCCUGUGUCUGCUUUCGCAGAUAAUCCUGGCUUGUGUGGAGCUCCACUUCCUCCUUGUAAUCACUCUUAG